AUGAUGCCCCCGCGGGGGGCGGUGGGCUCCUGCCGCCGGCGGCGCCUGGCGCCCCUCAACGAGGACAACGGGCGGUUCCUGCUGCUGGCCGCCCUCAUCGCGGCGUACCUGAGCGCCGGCGCCACCGUCUUCUCGGCCCUCGAGAGCCCGUCGGAGGCGGCCGCGCAGCUCCGCUGGAACCGGACCCUCCACAACUUCAGCCGCAUCUUCAACAUCAGCCUGCCGGAGCUGCGCGCCUUCCUGCGGAGCUACGAGGCAGCCAUGGCCGCGGGCAUCCGCGUCGACGCCUUGCGGCCCCGCUGGGACUUCCCCGGCGCCUUCUACUUCGUGGGCACCGUCGUCUCCACUAUAGGUUUUGGAAUGACCACGCCAGCAACCGUGGCUGGAAAAGUGUUCCUCAUUGUUUACGGCCUUUUUGGGUGUGCCGGGACCAUCCUCUUCUUCAACCUCUUCCUGGAGCGCAUCAUCUCCCUCCUGGCAUUCAUCAUGAAGGCGUGCUAUGAGAGGCAGCUGCGAAGGAGUGGUCUCCUGCCUCCCAACUUCCGAAAGGGGCCGGCCGUGUCCGGGGUGGGCAGCCUCGUGGGCUGGAAGCCGUCCGUUUACCACGUGAUGCUGAUCCUGGGAAUUUUUGCUAUCGCCAUUUCCUGCUGCGCCUCCGCCAUGUACACGGCAGUGGAAGGAUGGAACUACGUUGACUCCUUGUAUUAUUGCUUUGUCACCUUCAGCACCAUCGGCUUUGGAGAUUUGGUAAGCAACCAAAACGCUGUCUACCAGCAUCAGGGAUUAUACAGAUUCGGGAACUUCAUGUUUAUAUUAAUGGGAGUAUGUUGCAUAUACUCCCUUUUUAAUGUCAUCUCAAUCGUAAUCAAACAAAUUUUGAACUGGGUGUUGAAAAAAUUCGAAUGCAGAUGUUGCCCAAAGUGCCAUAAAUCCAGUACCCGCCUCAGCCGUCGCAACGCCAUCACCCCGGGAGCCCGCCUGCGCCGCCACAACGUCGCCAGGGACGCUGACGGGCAGUACGACAGUGACACCGAGGGCAGGAGGCUCUCCGGGGAGAUGAUCUCCAUGAGGGAGCUGACGGCGUCCAGCAAAGUCUCCCUGGCCAUCCUGCAGAAGCAGCUGUCCGAGACAGCCAAUGGCUACCCCAGGAACGUCUGUAUCAACACGAGACAGAACGGUUUCUCUGCGGGGGUGGGGGCUCUGGCCAUCAUGAACAACCGCUUGGCAGAAACAAGUGAUUCUAGGUAGAGUUCUUGGAAUCCCGUUGGUUUCUGAAAUAAAAAUAAGAUGGCGGUUAGGGUGGAAUUACCACUGUAAGCUACUGGAAAGUUUUACAUUUCAGAGACAGCCUUGGUAUUCACUGGGUGUUUGGCAUUUUACUUUCUGGGGGUUUUAUAAGUUUUCUCUAAUAUGCAGUGAGAUCUUUACCAUUAUGUUACAGUUUUCCCCUAAGGGGGUUUUUAAUAAGACUUGGAUGUCUUUGAUGCAGAAUCUGGUGCAAUUACAGAAGGAUGGUGUGCAUGGCUAGGAUGGUGUCAAAACCAACAUGUUCUUCUCCAGAACAGCGCCUGAACCCAAACUCUGUGUUAAAAGGCAGAAAGUGGGCAAGUUGAGCUCCAGAUUCAAACAUGGGGUUGGUAAGUUCUGGCUAACCAGUAUCUCCCAGUUUGCUGAAGUCUGGAUCUGGUCCUGAGCCUUGUACUCGAUGCUCUUCAGCAAUUCCUCAUAGCAGGCCUCUGUAGGACAUACAUGUAGGUGACUGCCAUCACACCAGCUUUAGGGUGGAUGGGCUUCACCUCAGUAAUCCCACUGGCUUCAGUGGCAGAGGAUGGAAUGGGCUGAAUUCCCCUCCUACAAAUGAUGGGGCUUAGCCCAGCUUGUCUGAAAGACCACCUAACUCUUAAAAGUCAGGGGAUUAUCAAGGACCAUGUUAAAGUGUGCAGAACUUUCCUACCUACUGGAUAACAGAAAACAGGCAGUUGUCAUCCUCAGAACUGGCUUUGUUUAAUGCCAGAGAAGCUGGUAUGCACCUCUGGUGUCAAAUGUUUGCAUCACCUCAAAAAUGCUUACCUCCUUACUUUCUCAUUGAAAGAAGUCACUAAAAUGAAUGCAGGCUCUCUGCUGUCCUAAAUUUGCAUCUUCUGCAGUGUUGUUGCAGAGAUUCAUGCAAAUCAUCUCCUUGCAAUUCUCUGAGGGCCCCAACCCUGUACUUGUUUCCCACAAAUCUGACUGUGCAGCUUGUACAGAAGAAGAGCAUUGCUUUGGAGUUCCCCCAGAAGCUGGCUGCCCCCAAAAUGUUGAUACCAAGUCAUAAAUUGGCCUUUGGCUGUUGCUGCUACCAUCUUAAGCCAUAUUAAAUCUGUGCUAGCCCAAACCACUGAAGAGCCAAAAGCAGACAUGGUCUAGAGUGUGUAGUUUAGCAUGACAAGUGGGUGCAGAGGAUUUGCUGCAAACCUCUUUCAAAAAUGCAUGCACUGCUCUGGAUCAUUUCUCUAAAUUCUCUCUACUACACUGUGAAGAAUAACAACAAAGGCUUCUGCUGAUUCCAAGCAAGAAUAAAACUUAAGCUCAUAUUCUGAGAAGCCUUCUCUUGGAAACUUACUGGAAAAUUGUAGUCAAGACCACGAGUAGUACGUUGGCACUGAAUAAAUUGAACAAGCUGAUGAACAAAAACUAGGAAUAUUAGAAAUGUUUGAAAAUAUUUCCAUGAAGUUUUAUAUAGAUAUUUUACUUUAUUUACUUUGUUUUUCAUGGGUUUGGAGCAGCCAUAAUUUUUGCUUUCUUUUAAAUUUGUAGCAGUGAAAAAUGUUUUGGAAUUUACCCUUGGAAAACCAACUUGAAAUUUGAGGUUUUGCACACCUGAGCCUGCCAGCUGAAUUGUGGCAGUGAAUGUAUCUUUUUUCCUGAUGAAAUCAGAGCUGCAGAUGAACCAUCACACAUGGGUCUGUAUCACACUGUAAAUGUCACAGCUUUUAUCAAGAUGUGUUUGGCCAGAAACAAGCAGUGAUGAUAGUAAUGUGUUUCCAGCUGGCACAGACUCACACUUAAGGUUCUGUGGUGUGGCAGGGGCUGUACUCAAGAGGCAGGAGCUUUCUUGGUGGUAGAGAGACUCCUCAAGGUCCAUCUGUCUGAGUGCCUUCCUGUCUGUGCACUCCUCCUCUUUAAGGAGGCAGGAAGAGGUGCUUGGGGCUCCUUUUGAAGGCCACUGAAGGAUAAAUUUAGGCAGGAUGUACAGGGACAGGUCUGGAAAAAGCUCUGACUGCUGGAAGACCCAGUUCAGGCAGAUGCCUUCCAGAGCUGCAAGGGAAACAGCACAGGCAAGGAACCAAAAAAAUGAAAAUUUGUUAUUUCCCCUCGGGAUUAUCCCCACGGGUAAAUCUCUUACUGUGAUGAUUUAUGUGUUUGUUUAUUAAAAGUGUGAAUGGGACCCUGCUCUUUUUUUGCAGCCCAACCUCUCCUAAGGUUGUAUCUUGGUGCAUUUGUCAUCAUGGGGACUAUUGCUCAUUAGAACUAUUACAUAAAUCAGGGCAGACAGGCUCUAGGAAUUAGGAUUUAGGAAUUUGAACUGAUAGGGCCCCUAGCCACAGCAGAGUUACCUGUUUAUUAUUUUGCUCAUAAAAGCAUGCUCAAAUGUAUCAACAUUCUGUGAGCUCAAGAACUCUUAUUUUGAUGGUAACAAAUUUGCAAAUUAAGGGGUUUUUUUUCAGCGAGUUGUUUUGAAGGAUAAAUAUAAUAACCAUGAUUAGGAUCCUCUUUAAACUGUAAAUUUGUGAAUUGUUUUCAAACUACUUAUUCCAGCCUGGCAAAUACAAUGAAGUAAUAGGAAAUUGUACAUACCUCCUCUGUACUUUUUCUGAGUCCAUGCAAAGGCAGACACGCAGUCUGCUGCAACAUGAUUGAAAUGUUUCCAAGUCUUUCUGGUGCCAUCAGUCACAAGGGUGCCUUUGCAGGACCCUUUGCAGUUCCUCUUAACUCCAGAGGAAGCUGGACCAGCUCCUAGAGCUGGGCAUUUCAAGGAAUUUGAGCAUCAGAUUGUUGCUCUGUUCACUUAGAUCUAAUGUUUACUUACACCCAAGGUCCUUGAUAAUCUCCGUUCUGCUUCUCUCUAGCCUCAGAGGAAGUGCUUGCCCAGUUAUUUACCAGUGGCCCUGUUGCUUGCAGGUCUCAUAUCCCCAGAUGCUGACGUAAGUCAACCACAGGGACCACCUGUAAAAAUCCCCAAACCCAUCUGGCUCAGCAAAGCUCAGUUUAUGAGAGUCAGAGCACAGUUACUGACCUGGGUCUCACUGGGAAGCAUCUGCUGAAGGGUGGCCUUACAGUUCCCUCAUAUUCAGUAGCAGAAGUAUUUUUCAAGGAUGCAUGGAAACCAAGCUCCAAAUCUCUACUCUUCAGCCUGCCAGCCCUACCUGGGCACCCAUCACCCUGUGCAUGAGAACGCGAGCCAAGAGGACAUAGGAGGUGUGAGAUCAGUCUUUCCUAGUCAGUUGUGCUGUUCCUUUAGCUUUUUUUUUUUAAUGACAACUCCUCUUUGAACUUGCCAGGCUUGGCCACCUAACUCCUCUUUCGUUGUUUGUGGAUUCCCCAGGGCAGCCUGCUCCAUUGGUGAAUUACCCCCUCACCUGUAUCAGUUGCACCAAGUGCAAUUCCUCCUGGUAUUUCAUUUUCACAGACAAAGCAGAUACCAGCAAUACCUGGACACAGACUGAAGCACAAGAAAUCAGAAGGAAACGAGAGGAACAGAGUGGGAAAGUGAAAGCACACUGCACUAGAUUGCACUUUCUUUUCAGGUAACUUGGGAGCUGUAUUACAUUCUUGAAAUGGGUUGGGUAUUUUUCCUUCAAAUUUAAUUAUGGGUAAACUUGAAAGAAUGCAGUUGACUUAGAUUUUAAGAGUUCAUCUUCCCUGGUACAACCCCCCCUCUGCACCACCCUGUAGAGCAGCAGUAGUAACUCUUCACUGGCACAGACCAAGACAUCCCAGCUGCCUGCUGAGCCUAUAGGCAGCACAGACCUGAGCUCAGACCCCGUCCCCCAGAUUGGUCUUCUGCUGCCUGAGCCCAGGGAAGAGCAUUCAGGGGCAGCAGAAGGCUGCAGGAGUUAGGACUUCUCUGUGAGCUGGCCCCUAGUGAGAACAGCAGUGGUGUGAGCUGCUUGGACAAAGGAGAUACCGUGCUCACCUGGCAUCUACUCUCGUACCUUGCAGAUGAAAAUUAAAACUUGGGUGAAAAUUGUUGGGCAACAAUGAGCAAAUUCAAGUGACAUCUUCUCUCAACCCCAGAGGUCAGCACAGAGCAGUCACAAAGAAUAAUUUCUUGUGAAACCUGUAGCAUUUGGCAAGUCACUCCAUUGACCUCUCGGGGUCUGUCCUCCCUGAGAGUGUCUUGGACAAAGUUUGGAGUCACACCAAGAUGUCAUCUGGUUCUCAUUGGUUUCUUCCCAUCUGCAAACACUGUCCUCAUUUUGAAAAAAUUCCAAUGGCUCUUUAUUUCCUUGCAGUGCAGAGGAUGUCCUUCAGACCAUGUAGAUGUUCAGAGCAAUCCCAGCCACAGAAAGCAGUGUCUGAGGGACAGGGCUGUGCUUUGCCUCCCUGCAGAAGCAGCAUUGCACAGCAAUGCAUCCAAAGGCUCUUUAGGCACUUACCAGCUCUGAUUGCAGCCAGAAUUACUGGUGGAAGACAGGAAUGCCCCUAGAGCUCUCUGGGAGUGCCCUGUGCCAUGCUCAGGUUACCCAGAAAUGCCCCUGUUGGUGUAGUGCUGCUGUCCCAGCAUGGCUUCAGCCCUGGCCCUCAGUCUUUUCUCCUCCCCAGCUUUCUGUGGGUGAAAACUUGAGUGUACUGUGACCAUUUACCCAUAUUUCAGUCAUGCCUUGCUGCUGAAAGACUUUAGCAGCAGUGGAGGUCAUAGAGCCAUAUAGGCAUGUGGGCUCAGUAUAAACCUGAUUGCCUGUGUGGGAUGAAUUUGUGACUCUAUGGAAAUUAGCUGUAGCAAUGAGACCGUUCUCACAUUUUAGUAUUUUUCUAGCCUUUAACUUGAAAAAUAUUCAGUGGCAAAUCAUUGCAGUGAAUGUUCAGAGCUAAUCUCAACAAAAUCAUACUUUGCUGAUUGCUGGCCUAGCAAAUCUGUGGGUAUGGCUGCUGCUCUAAUUGGAUUACUAAUGUGCCUUUGCAAACCAACACACGUCUGCAGUGUUACAUUUAAAUAAUACAAUAAAUGCUGUGUUACAUAAUCAAUUCAAUUAAGAAAAAUUACUACUUGACUCACACAGAAUAAAUAAUGAAGGGUGCAUUGCACAUUGUACAACCAGUAUGCAAUUUUAAAUUUUUUUUUUUUUUUGUGAGUGUGUCCAUAUUUGACCUCAAAUUGUGCUUUCAUGGAUGCUAGGAAAAAAGAAGCACUACAGUGUGGAAAAUAAAGGAAAGUAUGGACAAUUCCACUGAGCUUUGACACAAAGGCUAUGCAUGUUAGCACAAACACAGUAAGUGGUUCAUUAUGCAUUAUAAAUGCAUUGUGUAGCAAUGGCACUGAGGAAAAGAAACUACUUUAGUUUACAUGGCCACAGUCUGAAUGCAGCUACCAAUAAACACACAUACCUUUUUUCUUUCUCUCUUUUUUUGCUAAGUGGGUAACAUCCACCCUUUAAUUAAAUUAUCUCUUUAAACCCUCCAAAAGAAAAUGCAAUUACCUUACAUUUUGCAUAGGCAAAAAGGGGUCUAAGGUCAAAUCCAGACUUUCAACUCUAAGGAUCCAGAGUGGUGUAGUUUAAGUGGUAGAGUGGUGUAGUUAAAGCCCCUCUUUGAAGUGAGGCUGCAGAUGUGCAGCCUUCAAAUAUAUUGUGUUUUAUCCUUCCCUGGAAAAAAAGAAAAGGGAGUAAAUACAGAUAAAGUUUAUUGCAGAUUACCCAAAAAAGUCUGGCAAUUUAGCAUGAGGGUAAAAAAAUACAGCAGGAGUGAAAAGCAUGGGGAAAGGGAGAAGCUUAGAAGUGCUCUCCAGGAAAUGCAGCAGAAAACCAAAACUCGCUUUGCACUCGCUCGUGCGUUUAUUCCUCAUCACACAGCGCUGUGACACUGCCACCCCCCAGGGAGCUCCUGGGGCAUCCUGGGCUCAGCCACCUCGUCUGGAACGGGGAGAGAGGUCUUUGGUGAGAAAUGCCCACACUCAAGUCACCAUCUUCAUUCAGCACUGAAGUUAGGAAGUCAGUUGCCCAGCUUUUACUGGGAAAGCAGCCGUGCUGGUCCCUUGCAGUGAUGAUCAGCAGUUUGGGUGUGUCAGAGGUGCAGAUUUCCAUGCCUCCAAGUCCUCCUAGUCCCAGGGCUGUGUCACACCCAGGUGUGUCCCAGCCAGCUCCCAGGCCCAGACUUGGCAUGAGGAUGUAGCUGGGUUUGAAAGUGUGUAACAUCCCAACAUCCUAUCCUCAACAUCCCAAGUGUUUUCAGGAUCAGACCUUCAGCAGGUGAUGCUUUUUCAAACCUAAGGAAUACAAAGAAGUCUCCAUAUUCCUUUUGUACUGUGCAGACUGUAAGAGUACUUUUUAAAGCCAGUGAGUCAAUGAGGGAUUAAUGCUUUUAUAAUAACAUGCAUAAACAACAUGAAAAAAUUACUGCUAUUUCUGACAAUGUGCAAAUCAAACACCAGGUUUUUUCAAUGGGUAUAAUUUCCUAUUCCAUGCAAGUAAAAUUAUGUCCAGGAAAUUUUUGCUCAUACUAUCACCUAUGGGCUGCACAGGCAGUGCAGGAAUUCAGUUCUAUUUUUAUUGUAAAACCUCAGUAUCUGAAAGCACAACACCUAAAAAAUGGUUUGGGGAUUGUUUGUGGGGGGUUUUUGUGUGUGUAAACGUUGUUUAUUUACAAAAUAAAAACGCUAAAAUUCUACAUAUACAAACCCAUUUUUAACUCACUAGAAUUCUACUUUGUUGGAUAUUCUCAGCAAAAAUAUUCAUCCCAAAUUUCCAGCCAAUUUAAAUUACUCGAGUUUUGAGAUAACUUGUUGAAAAGUAUUCCUGUUUAUUUUGUUUCUGUUUGAAAGGGCACAGCUUGGUAGAUAUCUUUAGCUGAGCUGGCAUUGCUAUCUCUUACUACAAACCUCAAAAUUUUACUUCUGGAGCUAAUUCCCCUGGUUUUGGUAUUUGCUCAUUUCUGCAUUGAAUUCCAGAAGGAACGACCAGUUCUGUGCUGUUUUCUGGUUGGUAUGACUUUCCUUUUUGCAUUGAUUUCAAAUAGCUGAAAUAUGAACACUAGCAAAUACUCCCAGACACACCAAAAUUAGUCACUUUUCUGAAUGUUUUUCUUUUAAAAAUUGUUUUGUAAAAUCUAGAAUCUGAUUGUAAAUUAUGUCAUGGUUGGAAUUAGCAAACUGAGUAUUUGUUCUACCAACAGAAUUGUUUGACGUGAAUUCUGUCAAGGUUGCUAAUGAUUCAGUUUCAUGUAAAAAGUCUUGCCUAUUUGAUUUGCCCAUUCUAUCCAAUUUGUUUUAAAUUCUUGAAGUCAGAAGUAGGUAAGUUCCAUUUGGGAAAAGCCCUAUGCUGAACAUUUGCUCCUGUGAAUAGAGCUUUUAGAGGGACUGAAACAGAGCCUGCCUGAUUGCUGCAAACAAAAUUGCAUGUCUAAACCUUCAAAACCCAAAUAUAUGUACCUAUUGGCCAUUGCAAACCAAGGGCAUGCUAGUGUAAUUCCAGUUCAAGCAAAGAAACAUAAAUCACAGGGCUCAGCUGGCUGCUAAUCACUUUUACCAAAAAGGCCACACAGCUACAGGGCCAAGGGUGAUGGAUGGACUCUUGACACACAACAGUGUUGUUUUGGAAGUUGCUUUGGUGGCUGGGAGUUGGCACUGGGGUGGUUAAAGCAGCUUGGCUGGGUGGAUCCAGGCAGUUCCCUUUGCUGAGCCACAGGAGGUGUCUGCCAGUACUAAAAAAGUAAAAAAGGUAAUGGACGUGGCAUUGAGCCUCUCUUGAGAAGCACAGAAAAGUGCUGCAGCCUGUGCUAGGCUGUUCCUGGUUCUGGCCACCUUGGAACCCUUGGUUGUUCCUAAAACUGACGUGUUUGGGGCACUCCAGUUUGCUCUUUUCAGUGUCUCUGCACUGGCACAGCAGCAAUCCUACUGUGAUGCUUCUCUCCUCAUAAAAUGGAUAGAGAGAUUUGUUUAGACUUUCCAUAUGAUGACAGCAUAUAUAAAUAUUACAAGAUGAAUCAGUUACUGAGUCUGGCUAUAUUUGCUUAGAGAUCUUUAUCAGUAAAAACAUGAAAAAUUUUCUUACCAGUACAGCGAAUCAACAAAAGUAAGUGGUGUUCUGAACAGAAAGUAAGGUGCUAAAAUAUACAAUUGGACCCCAAAGCUCAGGCAUGUGUCUCAAAAUUAUCAUUCUUUUCCAGUGCUCAAUGCACCUGUGUCUUCUGGGAAAAAGCCUUGGUUUCUGCCUGCUCCAGGGCAAAAUGUAUCUGAGGACAUGCCUUGGUCUGCACAGCUUUCAGGGGUGGGCUUGCCUCCAUCCCCAAAUUUAAGCAUGCCCGUAGACCAUGAAUACUGGUGCAGCCCCCAGCAGAAAUGGACAGAAUGUUCCUGCUUUGGGGUGUCUGUGGUUUUUGGAGAGCAGCUAAAGGUCAUGGCAAACCACAGCUGCCUCCUGCAGCCAAGCCCCCACCAGGGUGGGAUCCAUCCCACUGCCAGCCCCUGGUCUGCAGCCAGGGAUUGUACUGCCAGGAGAGUGGUGCAAAUCAUCAGCAAUGUGCUCUAAUCCCUGCUUUCUUAAUGGGCUAAAAACAGUGGAAAACAGAGAGAUCAUUUUCUAUUUUAAUGAUCAAAAGGGUGUUGCCCAUUAUUCACAGCCUACACACAAGAUGUUAUAAUUUUCAAUUUUCCUGCACUGAUCAUUCAGUUCAUUUGGCAGCUGACCUUCAAUUGUUCAUGUUUUUUUUUAAAAAAAAAGGAGGAAAAAAACCCAAACAGAAAAUCUGAACACCCAUUAGCAGCAUUUCAGACAAGCAAAAUAAUCGUGAAUGGUGGUGGUAAGGAUCUCACAUGCAAAAGCAGUGAGCAGAGCUGCCUCUGUUUGCAGCAGCUAGAUGUUUUCAUGGCAGUGGGAGAAGUUUGGGUUCAGGAGAGAACCAGAUGGUGGGUUAGGGUGCUGAACAUUGCCCUACAAGCAGCUUCAGCACCAAAAUGGCACUUUUGGAACAAAUUUCUGUUUCUGCACUGUUAGGGACAUUUCACAUCCCUGCUACUGAAAUCAGAGGAUGGCAGCAAAUGUUGCACAAGCAAUUUACUGUCACAUAUAUGGGUAUUAGCCAGGGACAUUUUUAACAACCAUGAGACAUUUCAGCUGAGUGCUGGUCAGAAAAAAAGGACAUUUUGCCAUCCAGAAACAGCUGCAGCAGGUCCCAGUGCCUGACAUCACUCAACAUACUCCCAAAGAGCCAAACCACACAAAGAUUACCUAAAUAAACCAAAAGGAAUGGUAGGGUCUAAGAGGCAAGUGUUCCUGUGGCUUGAAUCUGGAGUAACUUGGUUGAACUGCUGGUAGUGAAAAGCCUAAUUAAAUAGAUGUAAUGACUUAAAUGCCUGCUAGAAGUCAAAAGGAGAUGCAUGUAUUUUUCCAUCACAAUUUUGAUUGUGUUUACCAAGUUAAGAGGUGAAAUGAAGAAACAUAAGUUCCUGUAAAUUGUUGAUUGGAAAAACAUAUAUUUUUACUCUCUUUCAGAUAAUACUUCCUUGCAAAACAUUAAACUGGAAUAAAUUUCAAGAUUGAAAUCUGUUUAAACAAGUGUCAGUUUUAAAAAUGCUUUAAUCCUGGGCUGACAGGAACUUAGGCUCUAACUCAUACCAUAAUUGUGAGUGCUCUUAAUGAAUCAGUCCCACUUUUGAUGUCAGCUCAGGAUUUUUCCACUGUAAGAUCUUUGAAUGAAGAGGAUUAAAAGCCAUAAACAAGCCAAUCAAAGGCGGAUCACGUUUCUGCUGGUUCGUUAUAUACAGUUUGUGAACAAAAAUGGGUAUUUUGGGCUUGGCACCCCUUCAUUCACAGAAACAUGGGUAUGGAUCCAGGAGUCAGAGGCAGCUGAGGUGCAGCUGCUUUGCAGAGCAGUGCAGAGGCAUUGGCAGAGGAUGUGGAGAGCUGGUGGUUAAGGAGACAGUGGAAGAACCCACUGGUGGUGUCCAGGGAGCAUUCCUAUGUGUUUUUAAUGCCAUGAAACAUGAUGGAGUAUGAAUUCUCUACAUCUGGGAGGAUGUCAAAUUCCAGGUGACUUUUGGAAUGUUGCAGUUAAGCUCCUACAAAGAAUUUUGAAAUAAACAGGAGAAAAAACGUUGCCUGGGAUGUGCGUGUGAGUACUCUUGUCUUUUCUUCUGAGCAUGGAGAGUGGGAGGUGAGGCACAAGCACCUCCUGGGUGAGAGACCCUCUUGGAAAUGUAUGGAGACCUCAGAGCCAUCUGUGGAGACCCCACAAGUCCCUAGAUGCUGGGUAAACUGUGUAUGGUCAAGCAGAGGCAGGAGGGAUAACAACUGGUGGGAUGUGCUUCUGAUGUACCCCAUGGUCAUCUGUUAAAUUCUGCAGCUGAGUGAUCCUUUGCUUUGCAGUAAAAUAGAGAGCAGAUGGAAACUGUUUGCUCUGUAAACAGUUAUGAGGAACUCUCAAUAUAUCCCCUCUCCACAA